AUGCGAGGGAAAACUCCAGCCGAAGAAUUGCAUUUUGACCCUGAAAUUGAAAGAACGGCAAGGAGGAACAACAGUAGAACAAGAAGGCUUAGACGGUUAGAGAGACUCCAAAAACAACAGCAAGAUCUUCUGAGUUCUUCUACUUCAUCAAAUCAACCACACCUCGAAACAGAAAUGGCUGAACAAGGAACAGGCACUCAUAAUGGUGGACAUGGACCAGCUAGGCCUCCUAGAAGAACCCUAGGUGAUUACGCACAACAACAUGGUCCUAGGCAUUUCUCCAGUAUUGCAGCUCCAAAUACUUCUAGAGCCAUGGAGAUGAAGCAUGCUUUCCUUACUUUGGUUAGCUCACAACAAUUUGCUGGCCUUGAUCAUGAGGACCCAUACUCACACCUUUCAAAUUUCUAUGAGUUAUGUGGAACAAUGGGAAUUCCUGAAGGUGAUGAGGAAGCUGUAUACUUGAGGUUGUUUCCAUUUUCUCUAAUAGGAAAAGCUAAAGUUUGGUUACAAUCUCACCCAAAUCAAAGUUUGACAAGCUGGGGUGAUGUGGAAAACAAGUUUGUGAAUAGAUUUUAUCCUUCAUCCAAGUAUAUUAAGGCCAAAUCAGAAAUCACUACUUUCAGGCAAGGUGCAGAUGAACCAUUUUGUGAAGCCUGGGAAAGAUUUAAGUCAUUGCUCAGAAAAUGUCCUAACCACGGGUUUGAGGAUAUAGCUCAACUCAAUUUCUUUGUUAAUGGAAUCAAGCCUGAGGUGAAGAUGUUAUUAGAUGCAGCAGUUGGUGGCACCAUGAUGACUGUAAGCCCAAAAGAAGCUACUCAAAUUAUAGAAUCUUUGGCAUCUUCUGAUCACCAAGCAGAGCAUGGGAGACACCAAUCUCAUAAAAAAGGGGUUAUUGAUCUCAGUACUAAUGAUGCAAUCCUUGCACAGAACAAGAAGCUAUCUCAACAGAUUGAAGCACUAACUAAGCAGAUGGCCAAGAUUCCACAACAGCUUCAUGCUAUUGCUUCUUCUUCAACUCAAUCAAAUUCUUCUCUAAAAUGUGAUUUUUGCAGGGGAGAUCAUCCCAAUGGUCACUAUUCUGAAACUUCAAAUGAAGAAGAAGUCAACUAUGGAAUCAAGGUUGGAGAAACAACAAUUAACCAAGGAUAUGGAUGGAGGAAUGAAGUUGGACCACCCAAUAGGCCACCACAACAAUCACAACAACAACAACAUGUGUAUCCCUCUAUGCAUGAAAGAACUAGUAAAUUGGAGGAGACUCUAAACCAGUUCAUGCAGGUAUCUAUGAACAACCAGAAAAACACUGAAGCUUCCAUCAAGAAUUUAGAAGUACAGGUGGGUCAGCUAGCUAAGCAAUUAGCUGACAUGUCUAAAGGCCCAUUUUCAGCCAACACCAAGACCAACCCCAAGGAGUAUUGCCAAGCCAUAACAACAAGAAGUGGGAAGGUAGUUGGUGCAGAUGUUGGAGUGAGUGAGAACAAUGAGGGUGCUGAGAAUAAGGGAGAAAAUAGUGAAUUGAAGGAGGUUGAAGAAGAAAGUGAGAAGAAUGAGGGAGAAAACAAUAAGAGUGAGAGUAAAGAAAAAGAAAGGCAGUUCUUGAGAUUUCUGGAUAUCAUCAAGAAGCUCCAGAUUAAUAUUCCUUUCACUGAAGCCAUGGAGAAAAUGCCCACGUAUGCUAGGUUCAUGAAGGAAUUGUUAACUAAGAAGAGAAGAAUUCUCGAAGAAGAGACCGUGGAGCUUGAGGCAGGAUGCAGUGCCAUUAUACAGAAGUCUUUACCUCAGAAAUCCAAAGAUCCAGGCAGUUUCACUCUCCCUGUAUCAAUUGAUAAUCUAUCAGUGGGUAAGGCACUAUUAGACCUUGGAGCCAGUAUUAACCUGAUGCCUUUAUCCAUGUUGAAGAAGAUAGGAGAAGUGGAAGUGAGACCUACAAGAAUGACCUUACAGUUGGCAGACAGAUCCAUUAAGCUUCCACAUGGCAUAGUGGAAGAUAUGAUAGUGAAGGUUGACAAGUUCAUGUUCCCAGUUGAUUUUGUAGUAAUGGAUAUGGAAGAAGAUUUAGAGGUUCCUUUGAUAUUGGGCAGACCCUUUAUGAAGACAGCUCGAGUUAUCAUUGACAUAGAUGAAGGAAAGCUGAAGGUGAGGGUCCAAGAUGAGGAAGUGAGUUUCAAUGUAUUUAAAACAACGAAGUUUCCAAAAGGCAACAAAGAUUGCUUUAGAAUUGAUGUAUUAGAUGAUGUGUACCUUGAAACUCAAAAUGAUUUCAAGAGCUCAUCGCCACUAGAGAAGGAUUUGCUUCUUUCUAAUGAAGAAUUGGAUAAGGUCAUAGAUGAAGACGUUCAAGAUGUUAUUGAUGCACUAAAUAAAAGAGAAAACUCUUCUGCCAAUGUUCAGUCAAAAGAAGCAUUGAAGAAGGAGGAAAAAGAGCAAGUAGUGAAGCUGGAAUUGGAUGAUAAUGUAGCUGGAAAACACAAGAAGUUACGGCUUCUUGAACUUGAAGAAAUGAGGUUUAAUGAUUAUGAGUCUUCUAAGCACUGCAAGCAGAGAAUCAAAGCAUAUCAUGAUAAGAAGAUUUUAAAAAUGAGCUUCAAACCCGGCCAAUCAGUGUUACUAUUCAACUCUAGAUUGAAGUUAUUUCCGAGCAAACUCAAAACUAAGUGGUCAAGCCAUUUGUAA